AUGUAUUCACCUAGUUUAGUAUUGCCCCUCGCCGCCGUUCGGCUGCUGAUCUUCCGCCUUUGCAUCACUCAAGUCUUCCCCGCUCAAACAGCAUAUUCGGUACCUGUCCUCGCCAGCGUGUACAUAUCGCCACAUCGUACUUUAGCAAGCUUCACCAAUGAUGCCCUGGACGAAGCGAAGAUCCUCCACAUGGUGCCGUCCUUUUGCUCACCAUCGCGCAAUGGGCAGAAAAAUCGAGGGUGGGUCGUACUGGUGAUCCAGGUCGACAACAUAAGGUUCCCUUGUGCUCUCAGUUGCGCGAACGCUGGGUCAUUCUUGGAUGCGGAGAUAGGCAUGGAGUUAGCAGUCGUGCACACUGGAGCUCCUGCAAAAGGACUCAAAGAACAAGUCCGAGUCCACACACAAGACACGGUCGCCCGACUUCCUUCGUUCACCCACGGGCUCAUUCUCUUCAGCGAGCCCGCCUCAUUGGCCCGCCCGCCUGCUUGCUUCAUGCUCGUGCACACGAUGCUCGCUCUCGCACAUGAUGCUCGAUCGUUCCACGCGCGGUGUCGACAAGCGAGACAUCCACAUUCCCCGGCGUUGCUGGUGGUAACCUCCCUCAGACACCGCACGGAGCCGAGCGUGCCGUGGUACGACCCCACGGUGGGGCACCUGCGUACGCUCGGCGGGCCGGUGCUUGACGUGGCGGAGCGAACUGUGAGGAACACUGACGCGAGCGCGCGGCGGCACGAUGAUGGACGCGUACAUGUUACGAUCCCUGAGUUAGCGGAGUUCAAAAAUUUCAGACUCCCAGACAACGCGACUUGCACCAACACCACCAAACAAAUGCCGUGGCUCAGUGCUUUGUCCUGGGGUGAGGGCCCAAGAAACACUUCCAGUGGCGCCCAAUAUGGCAACUGGUGA